UUUCAAGGCAAAAAUCGUGAUAAAACUUUAUUUACAAUUUAUAAAUUUAUCUAAAAAGCACGAGAAACUCUCUUUAGGUCAUGAAAGAUUUAACGAUAAUUACUGUAAAUACUAAUAUUUACUGUAAAUACUAAAAUUAUUGUAAGAAUACAAACAUGGACUUCAGCUCAUUGAAUCCCUACACUUCGAAUGCCCUUAACUUUGCAGCUAGAAACAACGACGCUAAAGACGUGGAGAGAUUGCUUAAGAAAAUAAAUCCAAACUGUAUAGACAACAGAGGCUGGACCUGUCUGCACGAAGCGGCUGCGAACGACAGCUACGAGAGUCUGUUACUUAUCCUCAAACACAGAGGUACCAGGCCCUUAGCGGAGACUCAUGAAGGUCACACCGCUCUAUAUCUCGCCUGUAGAUACAAAAGCUCCUUAAAAAUAAUUGAAGCUCUCCUAGAGAGUGAAUCUGAUAUAGCCAACUAUGGCAGUACUGAAGGGCUCACUCCCUUGCACAUGGUGAGUUCACAAGGAAGACUGGACGUUAUGCAGAUGUUAAUAGACUAUGGAGCCAUGGUGAAUGUCCAAGACUUCGAUGGAGACACUCCUCUGCAUGACACAGUAGCCAAUUCACAACAUGAAGCUGUUAACUUAUUAUUGCAUGCUGGUGCAGAUCCAGAAAUAAAAAAUGAAAAAGGAUACACUCCAUUGCACCUAGCCUGCUACAAUGGUUGUUUACAGACCAUACAUAACUUAUUUCCUUAUGUAGAUAAUGUAAAUCAAGUAGCCAGUAAUGGAGAAAGUCCACUAACGUUAGCAAUACAAGGAUGUAACUAUGAUAUUGUGAAAUAUUUAUUGGACAAUGGUGCAGAUCCACAUGUGAAGAAUAUUCACAAUGAAACUCCACUAAAGGUGGCUUUAAAUGUGUCACAUAGCGAAAUAUUCAAAUUAAUAUUAACCAUAACAGAUAUUAACAAGAUUGAACCGAACAUUGUUCUCUAUGCUUGUAAGCCUCACUACUUUAAGUUUGAGAUAUUAGAGAGCCUACUAAUGCACAACUUAGGGCCAGAAUUCUUUGAUUUCUAUGAACAGUUUCAUGUCACAUUGGAAAAGAUAGGCGAAUACAGGCCUACAUAUCUUACAAAUGCACCAUUAAACUCCUUACUAAAUAUUGGUGAAUACAUAUUUAACCAAUCUCCGGAUAAAUUUAUAGAAUUCUUUUAUUUGUUUUUAAUGAGGGGACUGAGUGUUAAUGCCAUAAAUGAUUGUGAAUGUCCUCCGAUUGUUUACAUUCACUACUGUAUGCAUAGCAAAUUAUUUGAACAGGUAUUCUCUUUACUCAUAGAAAAUGGCUGCAAUGUUGACUAUUCUAGUGCAACAGAGAAACAUAAUAGAGAAGGGUAUAUGCCAGAUGCAUUCUUAGCGUCGCUUACAUCAGAUCCGACUACGGCACCACUCAUGAUGCCUUAUAGCCUUUAUUGUGAUCCGGAAUACUUUCUAAAAUUUGCCUGCCAAUAUGGUGUUUUAGUUAGGAUACCAGAUAAUGCCCAAGAACAAAUUGUGUCCAUGAUAGGUGUAAGUCCAGAAGAUGUAAAAGCAGAUACGCUUUGCAACAUAGUUCUGCCAUUACAACAUUUGUGCAGACAGAAAAUUAGAUCCAUCAUAAGAAGCACAACUAAAGAUUGGUCUACUCAAUCAUUUUUCAGUUCUCUCAAUCAACUUAAUAUACCACAAAUUUUAAAAGAUUAUAUUAGAUAUGCAAAUGAAUUGUGAUAUUAAAACUAGAAACUAGUCAAUCAAACUAGACUUAUAUUUAUUAUUCUUGGAAUACAAGUGAUAUUCAGCAGCUUUAUGCCCUUAGCACAAAUUAAUAUGUAAUGAUUGUUGUUAUGUUAAUAAGUCACAUAUAAUGUUAGUAAGUACAUAAUAUUUGAAGCUUGCUAAGGAUCAUGAAGACAUUUUGUCAGUGAAGAUAAUAAUUGAAACACAAGAUUGAAAUAUAUGUAUUUGUUUUUAA